CCCAAGUUUACGUUGACGCUCAACCACGAAUCGACAGCUCGACAAGCGGUAUCCUUCAAAAUGGCAGCUUUCAUUAAGGCGAUCAACGCCAAGAUCCGAUCUAACCCUACCGUCAGCUACAUUUGCUCGACACAUUUCUGGGGUCCCGUUUCGAACUUUGGUAUCCCCGUCGCCGCCGUCAUGGAUACCCAGAAGAGCCCUGAUCUGAUUUCUGGCCAAAUGACCGGUGCUCUCGUCAUUUACUCUGCGACUUUCAUGCGCUACUCCCUCGCCGUUACCCCCGCCAACUACCUCCUCUUUGGCUGCCACUUCAUCAACGAGUGCGCCCAGCUCACACAAGGUUACCGAUACCUGGACUACCACCACUGGGGUGGAAAGGAGAAGCUGGCUUUGCAGGAGGGCGUUGAUGCUGCCAAGGAGAAGAUCCAAGAAGUUGGAGACAAGGUCAAGGAGGUUGUCAGCAAAUAAAACUGAAGCAUAUUGGGAGUAACGGAUAGAGCUGCAGCAUCGGUGUUUUGGGGCCAUCUAAUGUUCCGACGGCAUUAGAAAGCUGUUCUGGGCAUGUCAGAAAGGUUCCAAACGUGAUGGAAGGUUACCGGGAAGAGGCGAUGCAUGUAUCAAUAAUAGUACGCCUGCUAUAUGUAUGACAGCAGGCUUCCCCAGCUAUGCAGGGAGUGCAGCGGUAUUAAAGACUGCUUGCAUGCAAAUAUGGGAUAAUAUGAAUAUUCAUUCACUAUAUGGUGCAAGUUGAACUUACAAGCAUAGUGACUAGAGUGUUGACGAAGAAAGAAGAAAGACAAGCCAAUGGCAGCGAGAGGAUUGCAAAGCACGGCUAAGAUCUGAGAUUCGGGUCAAAGCACGUGCUCGAGAGAACACUCACGGCAUAAAAUCUACUUUGCCAAGCAGAGUCGGUACUGUCAUUCUCAAUCAAGGUGCUCAGUAGGCCGAAAGUCAACCUUGUCCUUGCACAUGCAAAUUUACGGCAACAGCUACAUGGGCGUGGAGAUCCGUGGAGACAAAGCCUCAUAUGACAUGCAAAAUAAAGGCUAGAAGGAGCUAACAGAAACAACCCCAGCCGUCUAUGGGACAGUAACCAGCUUGGAAGGCGGGAAUAAGAGGAAUCUCGGCCCUCGAUUGCUGCAGGUAUGGAAGAAUGCGGGACAGAGCCAAGCCGAAUAGGGCAAGUCAAGGCUGCGCGGACGGGAUGUGCAAGAGGUUUAUUUUCGUCCAUGGCUUGAAAUCUCCGAUGGAACCCCUCACGAAUCGAAUCCAUGAGCCGCAUUGCAGGUACCAGUGCCGUUGGCAGCCUCAGGGUGGCUAUCCUCGGGUAGCUAUGGAUCUUGAGUGCUGGGCGAGCGCUGAACCGAGUGCUGUGUGUGUUUUUUUAGGCGGCGCCAGCUCAAUAAUAUGGGGGAGUUCCAGUAAAAAUGUCCAACGGGGUGGCCAUUUUAGUGGACGGGCCUGUGCAAGGACGGGAUGGCAUCAUUUCAUGGCGGGGGUCUCGUGAGUAACAGAAAAUGCGAAUUACAGAAAAGGAAAGGAGUCAUUUUCCGUACCGGUAGUAAUAGUCGUCAUUAGUAGUGGCAACCAGCUGUAAACGAAGUGGACAUUGGCUUGCUUUUCAACGGCACCUCGGUGUGCUUAUGGACUAUCGCCAACUGCCACGGCUGCCGAGACCGGAGCGGUAUUUUCUGUGGUAGCUGUGGCAGCUGGCUCGCAACGUUGAAGAUGAGAUUGACAGGUG